CUUUGGCUCGCCGGGUCAGCUUUGCGGGCGUCCUCCAGCCUCAUGGAGCUGGCGGGGUCGACGAGGAGCCGCAGGCGGGAGGAGCGGCCCUCCCCAGAAGGGGCAGCUGUGAUUUGACAGAGGCAAGACUCCCACACUGAACUGCCUCCCGCACAGGGAUAAACCUUUCAUGAUGGCCUCUCAGGGAACACCAAAGGACUCUUUUCAUUGUGUGGCAAUAAUUUUCUUCGUCCUUGGCCUGGGAACUCUCCUUCCCUGGAACUUCUUCAUCACAGCUAUUCCGUAUUUCCAGUCUCGGCUUAUUGUGGGGAACUGCUCAGCUGAUGGAGAGAAUGAGAAUGGGACCGUCCCUGGCCUUGAACCCUUUCCUGGCUGUACAGAUGACUUCAACUUCAGCAACUGGCUGGCUCUGCUUUCCCAGCUGCCUUUACUCCUCUUCACCCUCCUCAACUCCCUCCUCUACCAAUGCAUUCCAGACAAAGUGCGUGUUCAAGGCAGCCUCUUUGGGAUCCUGUUCCUCUUCACACUGACGGCUACCCUUGUCAGGGUGAAGAUGCCACCCCAGAGCUUUUUCUCCAUCACCAUGGCGAGUGUCUGGUUCAUUAACUGCUUCUGUGCCAUCCUGCAAGGCAGCCUCUUUGGGCAGUUGGGCUCCUUCCCGCAGAAGUUCAGCACCCUCUUCCUGAGUGGCCAGGGCAUGGCAGGAACUUUUGCUGCCAUCGCCAUGGUGCUGUCCAUGGCCAGUGGUGUCGAUGCUGAGACCUCUGCUUUGAGCUAUUUCAUCACUCCCUGCUUUGGGACUUUUGUCUCGAUCAUCUGUUACCUUGUGCUACCCCACCAGGACUUUGCCCGUCACUACCUGACGAAGAGACAUCCGGAAGAUCCAGGUUAUGAACUGGAGACCAAGGCUGGGCUUCUCCCCCCAGAGGAGGGCGCCACUGCUGUGCCACACAGCUCCCAAGAAGAACCUUUACACAUGAACAAUAGAAAGAUCUUUGCUCCAGAGCAGGUAGAAGUCAAGUAUUCUCCCAAAGUGAUGAACGGGACGAAGGGGGAAGGCCUGGCCACACCCGAGCUAUCAGUGGUCAGUGUGCUCCGGAAGAUCUGGCAGAUGGCCCUGUGUAUUGUCUUGGUCUUCGCUGUCACCCUGUCUGUGUUUCCUGCCAUUACCGCCAGUGUGACCAGCGUGUCUGAGAACAAAACCUGGAGGAAGUUCUUCACUCCAAUUUGCUGCUUCCUUCUGUUCAAUGUCAUGGACUGGCUAGGCCGUAGCGCCACCUCCUAUUUCCUCUGGCCUGAGAAGAACCUGCCCAUGCUCCAUACCAUGGUGGGGCUUCGUUUGCUGCUCAUCCCACUGUUGCUGCUGUGCAACAUCCCACAACGCUCCUACCUGCCUGUGCUUUUCCACCAAGAUGCCUGGUUCAUCCUCUUCAUGGUGGUUUUCUCACUUUCCAACGGCUAUUUCGUCUCCCUCAGCAUGUGCCUGGCACCAAAACAGGUGGAGCCCCAUGAGAGUGAGCUGGCAGGUGCCAUCAUGACCUUCUUCUUGGCCUUGGGACUCUCCUGUGGGGCUGGUCUCUCCUUCAUCCUGAAAGCCUUGCUUUGAAGGGUGCCAUCCAUCCCAUCACAACAUGGGCAUUUCUUCAUGUUGAAGCCUUGAGGAGAGGCUGGUAGCUCCCCAAUUUUGCUCCUGGCCCCCUCUCUAUGGCAGCUAAUGUUUUUCUAGAGGGGCAACCCAGCAGUCUUCCAAACAAAGGGAAAAUGUGUAUAUAUGUGUGUAAGAGGGUGAUUCACUCAGUCACUUUCCUGUUAUCCCAGGAGCCUGAAUGUAUUUUCCAGAAGAGCCAUGGAUUUUUCAGAAAUGUGAACGGAAAGUAAUUUGCUCAGGGAAGGAGACAGUGGCUGAGGCUACUGCCUUUUGUGUGAGACUGAGAGACUUUGUAAGAAAUAUUCCCAUCUGGAACUUUUCUCCUUGCUUUGCUUUCCAACUGACGGAAGUAUUAUUGUCUAACGCACAAACUGUUCUGUGGAAUGUAGCGCUGCAGAAUGAAUGUGGGCAAGGAAGGGGGGACAGUGUAUAAAGUCAGUGUUAAAAUGGAGGAUUGAGACGGCACUCCUUCCUAUCUGUUGCAGCCCAAAAUCUAAAACAAAAAAAACCCCAACCCCUUUUUUUGUGUCUGUUUCUGAGCCUUUGUAGGUAUAAACUCUUUGAUUGUAACCAUAGGGCUAGAAACUUGCCCUCCUUGAAUGAAA